AUGGGCUCUCGAGUGCAGAUGGCCACCCUCCCCUGCUUGAGUGUGUUCCUGCUUCUCUGGAGCCAGGUGCCAAGGGUCCAAGGCCAAGAAUUCCGAUUUGGGCCCUGCCGAGUGCAGGGAGUAGAGCUCCAGGGACUGAGGAGGGCCUUCUGGACCAUGAAGGACACUGUGCAAGCUCAGGACCACAACACAAGUGUCCGCCUGCUGCGGAAGGAGAUUCUACAGAACAUCUCGGAUGCUGAAAGCUGCUACUUCAUCCACUCUUUGCUGGGCUUUUACAUGAAAACUGUUUUCAAAAACUACUACAAUAAGGCAAAUGACCUCAAGAUCCUGCAGUCAUUUUCUACUCUUGCCAACAACUUUAUUGUCAUCUCCUCAAAACUGCAGCCCAGUGAGGAAAAUGAGAUGUUCUCUGUCAUUAAGAGUGCACACAGGCAGUUUCUGCAGUUCCAGGUGGCUUUUAAAAAGCUGGACAUAGAAGCCGCUCUGACCAAAGCCCUCGGGGAACUGGACAUUCUCUUGACCUGGAUGGAGAAAUACUACCAGCGCUGAAUGUCUAGACCAGAACACCUUCCUCGGCUCCGUGUCACUUCACAUGGGUGUCCCCUCCUCUGCUGCUCCCUGGGGCACUACAGAACCUCUGCCAUUGGCCCCAUCUUUGGCCCAGGCCUGUCCUCAAAGACCGCCUUCUUUUAAGUGGCCCCAUCGACAGCCACCGAAGGCUCUCUUGGAUGCUGUGAAUAACCCACAAAGGAGG